GUUUGGUACCUCAACUGCCUGCAGAGUUCCUCUAGGAAGUUACCUCGGAAGCUUUGAAAGGGCCAGGGUAUUUCCCACCAUUGAUGGUGAUGCCUGGUUAUAAGCAAAAUCCUCUGUCACUCUUAUGAAAAGUCGAUUUGCUUGCACAUUAAAAAAAAAUCUCAAAAGGAGAGGGAUGGAACCAAUCUGGAUAACAAUCAGUAUGUUUAUUAUCUCUUAAAAUAGAGAAAGGAGAGUGAAACUGUUGAAAGAUUUUUAUAUUACCUGAACUCUUGAAACCUCUGAACCCUUGCUUAUUUUAAGGAAACCAAAAUAGGACUAACCCAGCAGAAAAUAUUCACCUCUGCCUUUUUGUAAACACUGAAAACUAUCUGGUCUAAGCAGGGAAACGCUAUAAAAACUGGGUGUCAUUAUUAUAAUAGUUCUAUAUUUUUCUGGGCCAGAACUCUUUUUCUUUUGUUGUUGUUAUUUUUGGAUAACAGUAAAAGUAAAUACAAGGAUGUGCUUUUAUGGACAGAAUUGUGUCUCCUCCAAAAUUCCUUUGUCGAAGCCCGGGCCCCUAGGAUCCCAAAAGAUGACUCUGUAUGGAUCUUGGGCCUUGAAAGAGGUAAUUAAGUUAAAAUGGGGUGUUAAUAGAAUACCCUAAUUCAAUCCGACUGGCGUCUAUAAAAAGAGGAGAUACCAGGGAUGGGCAUGUACAGAGAAUGCCAGGUGAGGACACCGGGAGAAGAUCGCCACCUGCUGGCCAAGGAGAGGAGUCCAGAAGAAACCAGACCUGCUGAUCCAUUGACCUUGGUCUUCCAGUCUCCAGAACUGUGAGACCAUAAAUUUCUGCAGCUUAAGCCACCCAGCCUGUGGUAAUUUGUUAUGAUAGGUGUUGCAAAGUAAGUAAUGUAUAUACCAUGCCCCAAAGAUAAGGAUUUCCACCUGUUCCAAGGUAGAGCAAGAAUUCAGAGGUAUAGUAUUUUAGGAGACCUUCUUAGACAUUUUCCUAUGAUAAUUCUUCCUGCCUCCGGGAAGCAAUUGGCUUAACAAACCAAUGUUACUAAAAGUGUGGUACCCCAAGGCCUUGUCCAUUUUAUCUCAAGAAAUGAUUUAUGUUAAAUUCUUUCUUUGGAAGGAAAUGAAAGCAACUGAAUCUUUCUCUGGAAUGAUUAUGUUUGCUUCUCUAGGGUAAUUCUAUUUGAAAACAGCAAAAUCUAGCCUUUCUGGCCCUGAAUGAGAAAAUAAAAGUUGAUAGUGGAUGGCAUCACUACCAACAUCCAAAAUAUAAAGAAGAGGGUCAGAGAGCCUCCUGCCAUUUCUGGAGAAACGACUGACUGAGUCAUAUCUACAAGGCUCUACUGUGGAUGAACUUUUUUUCUCCUUAUCUGUACCCUCCUGAAGCUGGAAGUCUUGUCAGCUCAGGCAUUUGAAACAAAAACCCAAAACUUCUCUAACAAAAGCCUGAGAACCAGGGCUGGAAAUAGGUGCCAUUGUUUGAUGUUAUGAGUAGGAAAGAAAGAGAUCUUGUUUUCAUUGAUUUCCAGUUCUUUACAUUACGUCCUAAAUAUUUUGGUAAAGAACCGGUUAAUUUAUUUGGACUUGGAAAAAAAUGAGAAUGCCUUCACCAGUCUUAACCAAAGACACCAAAACAAGUAGAAAAUGUAAUCAACUACUGACUGAUGAGGAGAGAUGGAAUAACACAGUGUCUGAAGAAGAAUGGCGAAUGCUGGAGAGGUUUGCUGUGAAGAGAUGGGUCCAGAAAGCAAGUGGAAAAAAAAAAAAAAAAAAGAAAGCAAGUGGAAAAGCUGUCCAAUGAUAUAGAGUGUGCAACUGAAAUUGAGAGCAAAAUUUGUAGUGACUCCUAGCCAACCUUAAGACUCCAUACUAUUUCCCUUACUCCACCCUACAAUCUCUGUCUUCAAACAAUCACUAAGACCUGCCCUUUUUAGUGCCUAUCAAAUGUGUGGUCUCUGCUUUUCCUUCUGCCUCUGCUUAAUUCACAUUGUCUUCUCCUCUUUCAUGGAGGCAGUGAUACAGUGGAUGGAGUUCAUAUCUUGACUGUAACACUUACUGGUUGUGGACCUGAGCAAGUUAUUUAAACUUCCUAACAGAAAUUUUUCUUACCUCUGCAAUCAAUAUAUUAAUAUGAUAUUAAUAUAGCCUACAUUAGAGCAUUAUUAUAAAGACUAAAUGAAAUUUGUGUAAAAUGCUUGGCAUAUACUAAGAGUAAAUACUAGCUGUCAUUAUUAGCUAUCAUAUAAAAUUAUAUAGAAAAACAAACAAAACAAGAAAAAUUAAGGUGUUCUUCCCUCAAGCAUUGCCCCCGUUCAAUCCGCAGUAUAUUCUGUAGCCAGAAUGGACCUUCUAAAAUGCAAAUUAUAUUGAGUCACUUUUCUGCUGAAAAGCCAUUAAUUGGUUCAUCAUCAUAUUAACAUAUACAACACACUCCUUAGCAACAUUAACAAACUCCUUCUUGAUUUGGCCCCAGCUUACAUCUCCAACACAAUCUUCUGCCAUUUUACUCUCCUUCAUUCCCUCUACUUAGUUCUGGAGCCAUAUUAAUUUAUCUGAUCCAUCAAAUUUGUUGCAUUCUGUUUUCCUUUGGGGAUUCUCCGCUGUCAUCUGUCACUGACUUGGACUAGAAUUCCCCCUUUCUCCCAUUUCCUGAGCCUUGGACUCAGCUUAAACACUACUUCUUGAAGGGAGUAUUCCUUGACUUCAGCACUAAGGUCAACUGUCCCUCCUAUGAACCAUUACCCACUACUUCCCUUCUCAGUGCAUGUCCCAUGCUACUGACCAACAGCUGCCUGUUACAUGGUCUGUUUUCUCAAUUGGAGUAUAAACUCAGAAGUUCUAGAACUAAGCCUUCUGGCAUUCCAAGGUUCUAGCACUGAGGGCCACUCAACCAUGAUAGCUGUAACUGAGGAAGAGUAGCGCUACAGAACUGCUCAUCGUGACAAAAUAUAUUGCUCAGGACCAAUGCAUUCUUGGAAAUUCGAUGGCACUUAACUAAACCCUAAUAAAUAAUUUUAGCAAACCUCAAAAAAGAAAAUGUUAAUUGGGUAGGAGGGGGAGUUUAGGACACAAUAUGGACAAAUCAGAGAGAUAUGGGUAAUUAUACUGUCCGGGGGUAAUGAUGCCAUGACUUAUGAACCUAAAUAGCAGAUUCACCAAAAAGACUACGUGUGCAUCAGCUAACAGACUCUCAGGCUGGCCCUUUACCUCUGCUGCUCAUAGCAAAUUGAAAAACCAAAAACCAGAAACCAAAAAACCUGACAUGGAAAAACAUCCAAUUUUGCCAGAGAAAGAUUUGGUGGGCUCCUGGGCACCAUCAGAACUGGUAAAGCCAAAUGAACCCUGUGCCCUUCUCGGUCAUGAAUCAUAUAUUCUAAUAUGUGCUACCAGUUCACCUGGAUUGUGGAUUCCACACAGACUAGAGCUUGUUUACCCCUGUAUGUCCAGAAUACAAGAGAAGCUCAUCAUAGUCUCCCUUUUCUACCAGAUUUCUACACUAAUCCAACCAUUUAGCCUAGUGAUUCUCAAGCAGAAGGGGAAAAAACUCUUUUUUUUUUUUUUUUUUUUUGGAAAAAACUAUUUCUUAGCACAAAGAAUCUUCCCGAAGAUUUUUCCAACCAAGCACAGGCUUGAUGUUUUUGUCAUAUUCCCUGCAAGAGGGUAUGGCCUACACCUCUUUGGAUGCAUCGUCACUGUCUGAGUCAUUGCACAGGACAGCAAAAAAGGAAUAUGUUCUAAUCCUUAGGUGCAUCUGGGUAGUAAAAUUAAAGAAUCAUUGCUCUGAUUCUGUAGAAUCACAUGUAGGUCUUUUAAUGUAUUAUGACUCUGUGACUUUUCCUGUGCUGUAUCCACCUUCUUAUCCACUUGACUAAUUCCUACUAGAUUUUCACAUUAUGGAUCAAUUAUAACCUCUAACAUGAAGACUUCUAAGAUCUCCUUUUGCUUGGCGACAUAGAUUUCUCAGGACUCUACUAGUGCCUGUGUGUACAGCCAUCACUAUACAUUAUCUGUUUACUCCAUUUGUUCAUUUCACUCUGUCCCACCCACUAAAUUAUAAGCACCUUGAGUCUGAGUAUUGUGUUUUUAAUAUUUCUAUCACAACACCCCAUCAUAGUAAUAGGUCAAUAAUAUUUAUACAAUAAAUGAUUCCUGAUAUGAAUAAGAGAGUGA